AAAUUAAACAAGCAUGUUUAGUGACGAAGAAAUUAAGGAGAUGCUUGUGGAGGCAGCCUCCCAGAAGGUCUCCGCUCAAUUGAAUAUCGGGGAGUUUUGUUGGUUCAGAAAUGAGGAAUACGAUGAAAAUGACAUGAGCGGCGACUCUUACCCCUUUUUUGUAGGGAAAGUUAAGGAUUUGGAUGAAGAGAAUGAACUUGUGACUCUUGAAACUAAUACUGAUAGGUCACCAUGUAAUGAAUACAAGUAUUUAGAAGGACCCUUUCAGAUCUCGAAGACUAUGACAAUGGAGUACUCUGAAGAUGCUGAGGAAGGAAUCAGAGAUAUGAUCGAUCUUAAUGAGCUAAAUCAUUCCACGCUGCUGUUUAAUAUGAAAAAGAGAUAUGUCAGAGAUGAUAUUAAUACUUUUGUAGGACCAACUUUGUUGAUCAUUAAUCCUUUCAAGAAGAUCCCCAAUGUAAUGUCUGAAGAAACUAUCGAGCGGUACAUGUCUAUUAUUACAGCUGAAAACAUGCUUCAAAGGAAGAAGGAGCUAGAUCCACAUAUUUUCUCAGUUGCAGCAACUGCAUUCAGACAAUUGAAAGAGAACAAGCAGAAGCAAGCUAUUGUCAUCAGUGGAGAGUCUGGUGCAGGGAAGACUGAGAGUGCUAAGAUUGCAAUGAAGUUCCUCACUGCUCUUUCCUCCCUCUCGGGAGAAGGUAAAGAAGAGAAGAAAGUUGAAGAGGGAGAGGCUACAAUUGAGAAAAAGAUUCUGGAUUGUAACCCAGUCCUUGAAGCUUUUGGAAAUGCUAAAACUGUCAGAAAUAACAACAGUAGUAGAUUUGGGAAAUACGUAAAGCUCGUAUUUAACCUUAGGAGAGGAGAUAUUCUAGGUGCAGAGACUCUGAACUAUCUUCUUGAGAAAUCAAGAGUAUGUAAGCAGUCCUCAGAAGAGCGAAACUACCAUAUUUUCUAUCAUCUGAUCAAAGGAGCUGAUCUUGAGAUGCUUAAACAACUCAGGCUAACUGUUGAUGAUGAGAGGCCAGAUUAUACCAUGUUUAACUAUUUAAGAGAGGGCACAGAUUUUCCUGACGAUACUGUCCUAGAUGACAAGGCACUAUAUGAUGAACUAAUCCAAGUCUUCAAGGAUUUAAACUUCACAGAUGAGGAACAGUAUGGAGUCUGGAGAACAGUCGCAGCUUGCCUUAAAAUUGGAGAAAUUGAAUUCUCAGAAGAGAACUUUGAUGAAUCAGGAGUUCCUUGUGACAUUACCAACAAAAAUAUCCUUGAGGAUGUUGCCUUCCUUCUUGGAAUGGAAGACCCUCAUGAUCUAGAAGUAGAAAUUGUUAAUAAAGAGCCAAUGACUGGAGUUACAAUUAGAGCACCUUUGAAGUUACAAGAUUGAUACGAUGCCAGAGAUUCUUUAGCUAAAGAUUUAUUUAACAAGCUCUUCUGAUGGUUAGUUCAGAGGAUGAAUCUCACAAUCCUGCCAAAGUUUAUGCUGAAAGGAGGAAACCCAUCCCAGGCAUCGACGACUAAGACUAUCGGAUUGCUGGAUAUUUUUGGAUUUGAGAGGUUCAAGCAUAACUUCUUUGAGCAGCUUCUAAUUAACUACACAAAUGAGAAGCUACAUAAACUGUACAUUUCAGCUGUAUUUGAUGCUGAAAAGGUGGAAUUGAGCAAUGAAGGUCUAGGGCAUUGUCUAAAGAACCUUAAAUAUCCUGAUAACACCGGAGUUGAAGUUAUCAAACUUCUUGAUGAGAAGCAAAGAAUUGGUCAGGCUAAUACCAAGAACGGAAUCUGUACAGUUACAGAUGACUUUUCAAAGUCCCAGCCAAGGCCGAACUUUGAUGCUAUUAUGGACUUCGUUAUGCAAAAUCAUGGAGAUAACCCUAAAAUUCAGAUUGAUUUUAAGAAAGAUAAGAAUAGGGAUAAGUUUACAAUUGUUCAUUCAGCAAAGGAAGUAAAAUAUGAUAUUAAGACUUUUAUCGUCAAAAAUGUCGACUCUAUCAGUCCAAGCCUUGAGAAAAUUGUUGCGGCCAAAGGUGAUGAUCAGAUCAGUAUGAUCUACAGCAAUUUCGUCCCUGGAAUUAAAGUUGACGAAGAUGAAGAAGAUUCAUCUCCUCGAGGAAAGAAAUCUAACUUGAAGACCAUCUGGUCAAAGUUUAGUGUUCAAAUGAAGAACUUAAUGCUUGAACUUGCUGAACCCCUUCUCGACCUUGGAGAAGGCAAUGCUAAAAAGAAAAAGGCAGUAUGUGAGCCUUGUGAACUCCACUUUUUACGCUGCAUCAAACCAAACGAGCUGAAGGUUUCUGACUUCUUUGUAGACUCCAUGACUUUGAUGCAGAUGACCUACAUGGGAGUUCUGGAAUCAAUAGAAGUAAAACAGAAGAACUUCCCAUACAGAAGAAAGUUCCAGGAUUUCUUUCAUAGAUACGAGGAUUUAUGCAAUAGCACUGCUUCAAAGCGAUACGACACUCUUGUCAAGGAAGGUGCUAACUUCAAGAAAUUAUGUGAGGAAAUUCUCGAGACCUGCUUUAGAGGCCUCGCCAAUGGACUAUUUGCAUUUGGACACAAGAAGUUAUUUCUAAAGAACGAGCUUGUCUUACUCAUGGAGAAAUGUAGAACCAAGGCACAAGAGAAGAAGGCAUAUGCCGUAGAUGUCAUCCAAAGAAGUUUCCGUAUCAAAAUGAACAACUCGAAGCAUCAUGAUAAGAUGAUCAAGGUUCAUAGGAUCCAACUGUUCUGGAGGAAGCGGGAGGAAAUGAUAAGAGCUGCAAAAAUCAAGAAAUUUAUUGAUAAGCUCAAAGACAUUUUCAGAAGGACUAGGAUCCAAGUUAAUCGUGAAAAAUUCGAACUCGAGUCACGCAAGAAGAUUAUUAAGUGGAUGAGGCUCAAUGUGUUCAAACAGAAAUUACUAAGAUUCUCCUUGAAUGGGAAAAUAGUCGCAGAUCUUUUUGAAGAAUCUUGGUUACAAAUUCGGGAAGAAGCUGAACUCAAGACUGCAGUCACUGUCCAGAGAAUCUUCAAAGGAUUCCUUGAAAAGAGAAAGCACGAUAAAGCAGUGAAGCUUGGAUUAAAGGCAAAAUAUGAUUGAGCCUCAACAAAAGCUUUAAGGAUUAUUCAGAAGAACUUCAGAGGGGUUUUAGUCAGAAACCGACUGAGAACACUCCAUCAUGCAGCUGCAUUCAUCCAAGGUCAUAUGAGGAUGAGAUGGCUUUCCACUCUUUUCCAGAAAAUGAGAUUUGAAAUUAGAAAGAUACAGCGAUGCACUAGGAAGUUCCUUAUCCGAAAGAAGAAGAUGAAAGAGCGACUCAUGGAAUUCUUUCCACAAGAAAUUGCCUCGCUUGAAAAUGUGCGAAAUGUUGAGAAUUAUGCAAUGUUCGGAGAACCAGAAGAGGAUGAAGACAAGAAUAACUUUUUUAAGAAUCACACUCCUUACAACCUGAAGAAAGUUAACCUUUUCAGUCAGAUUGUUGACGUCCAGUUGCUAUGUGACACAAGCGAUGUGUACGAAACUCCUUGGUCUUUGCACUGGCUUCAAUUAUCCCAAGAAAUGUUGACUAAUGAUACCCCAAUUCAAAGAAUUUCUCUUGGAAGUACACAUACCUUAGCUGUGAAUAGUAAAUCCAAGCUGUAUUCUUGGGGAUGGAACGAAUUCGGACAACUAGGAACUAGCCCUGAUGAGGAAAUGAAAAGAGAGAUCAGACAAGGAGUCUCAGCUGCAAAGCAAUUAAGUGUUCAUGUCGACUCCAGAAACCCUGCCUCUGCCUUUGGAAGAGUCAAGCAGAUUGUUUCAGGAGAAGACCAUAACUUAAUCAGAGAUGAGAGCGGAAAUGUGUUCGCUUUCGGAGAUAAUUCCAAAGGACAGCUUGGAAUGGGCCAUUAUAAGGAAAUUCAUACACCAACGAGAAUCCAGGCCCUUCCAGAAAACUCAGUCAAGGAGAUUUCUACUUGUGGAAAUCAGAACUUAGCAUGAACUACCAGCGGGAAGGUUUAUAUCUGGCCUUGAGUGAAGGAAGGGCAUAAGAUCUCCAUCCCCCAAUGUAUUGGAUUAGAGUCUCCUAAGACAAAGAUAUGCAGUGUUAGUUGUGGAUACAACUUUGGUGUUUUGCUUUCAACCCAGGGAUUAGUGUAUUCCUUCGGUAAAAACAACUCUGACGGCCAACUUGGCCACGGUGAUAGAGAUCCAAGAGGAUUCCCUGAAAUUAUUGAUAGCUUGAAGCAAGCAGGGGAGAAAGUAGAAGUAGUUGAUUGUGGAUUCAGACAUGUCAUUGCCAGAACAUCUCUUGGAAAAAUUUAUACCUGGGGAUGGGGCCUAAAUGGGCAAUUAGGACAUGGAGAGAAAUUUUCAGAACUUUCUCCAAGACAUCUUAAUAUGGAUACGAAGAAGAGAAAGAAUAAAUGCAUCCAAAUAGCAGCUGGAUAUGAACACUCUGUUGUGCUGAUGGAAAAUCGAAAGAUUUACUGGUUCGGAAGAAAUGGAACUUUGCUUGAGCCUACAUAUUCCCCAGCCAAAUUUGAUUUGACUAUGAAAAUUCCAUCUAUUUUCCCUUCAAGUGAUCAACUCGGAGGAGCUACAAAUCCGAAUAUAGAGUUUAUUGUUACAAAAAUCAAUUGUUCAUGGAAUAAGACCCUGAGCUUAACUGAUAUUAUCGUUGCUGACAUUAGAAGUCUAGAAAAUAUAACUCCUCACCAGAUCCAGUCAGCACUAAAGACUUUGUCAAACGCUUGGUGUUCAGAUGAAAUUGAGCCCCCUUAUAUUGAGUCGAUUUCAAAAUAUUUCAGCGUGAACUCAAUGAAAAAGCCAACUAUCCCUCCCAAGACUAAGCCAAAACCCAAGAACGCAAUGAAGUUGAGUCCAAGAGGAAAGAGGAGAAUUUAUUAAUCAUCUGAUUCAAUAAUAAAA